UGUGUUUAAACCUUCCAGCGGGAGGGUGGGGCGAAGAGCCCUCAGCCCGGGGGUGGCGAUUCCUGGUUCGAGGGCGACCCCGCGGGGCAGGUCUGAUCAGCCCGCCAUGGUGCCGUCGCGAUGCGUGAAGAGCGAGUAUAUGAAGCGCUACAAGGAGCCCAAAUGGGAGGCGUGCGGCCCCUGCUACCAGGAGCUGCUGCGCUACCGCCUGAGUCGGCGCCUUCUGGAACAAGCGCACAGGCCCUGGUUUUGGGAUGACUGGGAGCAGGACAGCGGCGGGUCGCCAUCGCCUCCCAGCACUUCUAGUCCCCCGGCCGCCCAGCAGCAGCAGCAGGAGGAGGAGGAAGCGGCAGUGACGGCGGAAGUGCCCAGCAGCGAGCCUCAUCCUGGCAGGCUGAAUGGAGUUGGGGAGAGCCUCAGGGCCAGCCCGGCAGAACCCCUGCGUGCAUCCGAGGAAGAAGAGCAGGAAAAAGCUGAAGAGAAGGCUGAAAUCAAGGAUGCGGAAAAGAAGUCUGCAGGGAAAGAAAGGAACAAUUCAACAAGUCAUGAACCUGGUAACUCUCCAGGUCACAGUGCUUUGACCAGCCGAGGGGACAGACGACAAGCCAAAAGUCCUCAAAGGACAGAAAUUCCAAAGGGAACAAAACACCCAUUUGCUUUGUAUGGCUGGGGAGAAAAACAGACUGAUACAGGAAAUCAGAAAACUCACAAUGUCUGUGCAUCUGCUUCAUCAAAUGAAAUUCAUGAAUCGGCAUUAAGAGCAAAGAAUAGAAGGCAAAUAGAAAAACGGAAGUUGUCUCAGAGGCGGAUUCACUCAGCAGAAGUAGAAAGAAGCUGGAGAACAAAAUCUUCCGGCUCUGACAAUCCCUGGAUGACUGAAUACAUGAGGUGUUACUCGGCUCGAGCUCGAUGAUUCACAGCUUGAUUGGAUAUCUCUGUUUUUAAUUCAGCAAAUGUUUUCCAGUGCUUUCAAGAUACUAGUGCAAAGCCCUGAACUCCUUAUGCAAGGCUUUUACAAAAGGAUUUUCUAGUAGUUUGUUUUGUUGUUUGUUUCCCUCUGCAGUAAGCAGAACAGUUGGAGCCCUACAGAUAGGAGCUGUAUUUGCCAAUAUAGCUUCUUGAGAACUUCUUUUAAAAUAAUGUCUUUCAGGAGGUAUUUCUAUUGACUUCUGAAAUAUCUAGGUUUUUACAAUGAACAUGGGUUUUUUAAUAAGCCAAAAACUCCCUGGAAGAAUUCCUUGACUAAUACACGGUCCCCUUAUGUUGAUACAUCCUUCAACCCUGAUACAGAGAAAAAGUGAUCUUUAAGUCACAUGAACAUCUAUUGGAAGAAAGUUAAAUUGUAACUAAUGUAAACUUUCUAUAUUAGGUGGCUGCUAGACUGUACAAAGAAGGCUGCUUUAAAAAUUCUUUGAGGGGUGUUAAUGCCAUUGUGUUGUCAUGUGAUAUAGACUUCACCCUGGAACAGGGUACAUCUGCCCUUGUGAUCUGCUUAACCAAACAGAGCCCUCCAGUGCUGUAGGAUGGCUUUCCAUGGCCUCACUCAGAGGAAGGUGGCAUCCACUUGGUUUGGAGGAUCACAAAUUGUGCAGGCCAGUAUGAAUAGUCAAGAUUCCCUCAGAACUCGCUGUUGGGGACUGUGGUUUUGAAAUGCUUACAGGUGUUUUGAGAAUUUUGAAGCUUUUCACAACUCUUGAUAAUGACUUCAUGUUUACAUUCCAGUUUUGAGUUUUGUGGCCAUUAGGACUUGUCAGUGAAGUAGAUUAUAAUGUGCUGUGAUUGUAUUUUAAGCUGCAUUUCUUUGCUAUCAUAAACCCACCAUACCAAAUGACCAAUAUAGACAAUCAUUAACCAGUAGUGGUGGUCUGUUCAGUGACUGGACAGUAAUAAGGACUUGUUGCCACUGAACUGGAAUGUAAUGCAUUUUUAAUGCUUUGUGUGGAUGGACUAAAAUGUAUUUCCUAAACACUUUUGAUAUACAGUUUUCUGGUUGUUAGUGGUUUCUAAAAUUCUGAUUAGGACUUUGCUACUAGUCUGAUCUAGCUGGUGUGUGUUCCAUUUGGUACAUGUAGGACUUGAGUAGACAGGGCAAAGCAUAUAACAUAUAUCUGUUCCCCCUAAAAACAGGUCUGUAUAGGUCAGAAGAAGAAGCCAUCGGUGAUUAUAGAAUGUGACAAAUCUUGGGUAAUGCUUAGUGUUUGUAUCUUUAUUGAUCUUUUUAGUGUCAGACUCCAACCUGGUGAUUUGCUUGAAAAAAAAUUAGUGUCGGUAUAUAGAACACACUUAAAGAACCUUUAUGGCCACAAUAGCAGAAUCUCUUCCAAGAAUGUUGUUUCAGUAAAAUGACAUUUGAGAAGGUAACUUUUCUGUGUAAUUGGUAUUGAUCUCCAAACACACCUCAGUAAUUUUGUGAAAUUUGAGCUGAGUUGUUAUCUGUUCUUCCCAAGGAUACAUCAGGUACUCUGCCUAAUAUGAAUAACUUGACCCUUCUCUGGUUGUGGUAGAAAGCUUUUGGCCUUAACUAAUUUCAGUUUUUGUUCUAUAUUCAGGUACUCUUCUGGAGCUUUUCCAUGGAAUGAUGGUAUCUUGGCCCUUUGUCGUUCUAGUUCCAUAUCUCCCAUAUAGCUACAAAAUUAAAGCACUGAUUUUGCCUGAGGAUUUGUAACAGUUUUUUGCAUUGACAAGGAACUCAGAGGGGUGUAUUAAUUUUUUUUUGGUCUUAUCCUAAAGGUUUUUUCUUUUCUAAAUGAAAGGUAACAUUAUUUUUAAGUUGCCAAUCUGGCCAAUCAGAUUUCACUUCCCAAAGUAGAACAAUCAUGAGGUUUCAACAGAAUUGUAGCACUUUCCUUCUGAUGAAUGCUUGCUGAAAAUAAAUAGAAAUGUGUAACUUAACACCAAAA